GCUUUGGCCACAUAUGCUAAUUUUUGCUCCAUUCUUCUCUCUUCGAGUGUUCUCCAAUUUAAUUUCUUUAAAAUAUCAGUAGAGCGAAUUUCAUAGGUAUCACCUGUGAUUACUCUAGCUGCACGGUUUUGUAGUCUCUGUAGCUUCUCUUUUGAACCUUCGCCACAGUUUCCCCAAACCAUGGAGCAGUAAUCAAAACUCGGUUGCACUAAAGCCUGAUAAAUAUAUUUAAGAGUCUCAAAAUAAACAAAUGGCUUUGCACGGCGCAGCAUACCAAUGCUAAUCUUACUAUGAUAAUAAAUUCUAGCGAGGUUUAAACUAAGGAAUGUCAACAAGACAAGAUCAAAGCCUGUUCGAUGCAUGUGUAAGAGGGGAUCUUCACAAAGUACGAGAGAUCUUGCAAAAGGACUCGGAUAUCAUCAACAGGUUGGAUCAACAUAUCGGUCUCUUUGGCGACACUCCAUUGCACAAAGCUGCAUCUCAGGGUCAUGAUGAUAUCUUACGACUGUUGCUUAACUAUGGUGCCAGUGUGGACGCGGUGAACGAGCUGGGUGAUACACCAUUGCACGAAGCUGCAUCUCAGGGUCAUGAUUAUAUCUCACAACUGUUGCUUAACCAUGGUGCCAGUGUGAACGCGGUGAACAGUGAUGGUUAUACACCAUUGCACGAAGCUGCAUCUCAGGGUCAUGAUUACAUCUCACAACUGUUGCUUAACCAUGGUGCCAGUGUGAACGCGGUGAACGAGCUGGGUGAUACACCAUUGCACGAAGCUGCAUCUCAGUUUCAUGAUUUUAUCUCACAACUGUUGCUUAACUAUGGUGCCAGUGUGAACGUGGUGAACAGUGAUGGUUAUACACCAUUACACGACGCUGCAUCUCAGGGUCAUGAUUAUAUCUUACAACUGUUGCUUAACCGUGGUGCCAGUGUGAACGCGACGAACGAGGAGGGUUAUACACCAUUGCACGAAGCUGCAUCUCAGGGUCAUGAUUAUAUCUUACAACCGUUGCUUAACUAUGGUGCCAGUGUGAACGCGAAGAACGAGGAGGGUUAUACACCAUUGCACCUCGCUGCAUUUUGGGGUCAUGAUGAUAUCUUACAACUGUUGCUUAACAAUGGUGCCGAUGUGAACGCGGAGAACAAUGAGGGAUAUACACCAUUGCACCCCGCUGCAUCUCGGGGUCAUGUGAAAUGCAUUAAGGUUUGUUUCUCUCGUGAGAUAGUCAAUGUUCAGCAGCUCAAUUAAUCCUCGCAAUUUUUGGUAGAAAUAGGCAAAGAGAUAAUGCCGCUGAAAACGGAAUAAACAAUAUCAGGUUUAUGCUAAUACAUAGCAGGGACGUUGGUACGAUGUGAGUUGGGGGGGGGGGGGAGAUUUUUGUGGUAGGACCCUCUUCAAUGGGUUCAUAAUUUGUAAUUUUUGCCUGAUGAAGCGAACAUGUAAUGAUUUUUUUAUCUGAAAUAUUUCCCGAAUAUCAAAAAGGGCAUGUUUGUCCGCCUUGGGAAAGACAAUGCCCUCCCCUGCACUCCCUCUCCAGCGUCCCUGUUUUUUGUAAUGAUAUUUGCAGAGCUCAUGUUUCGCUCGCUACUCUGGUUUAAAUAAAUUAUCAUAAAGCCCAGUCGAAUUGUAAUCAAGACCCAACGUUUCGACACUCUAGUCUAGUGCCUUUAUCAGGGGUGAUCUAAAGUUGCAAUCGUGGCUUCUUAAAUACCCAAGGGAUGACGUCACCUGCUAAUGCGAUGCAUGUAUUCCUCUUGCAAAUAGUUACCGUCAUCCCUAUUCAAAGCAUGAUUGCUCAUAUUUAUAUGGCACGCUUUUAUUGAUCAUCCCUGAUGAAGACACUAGACUGGAGUGUCGAAACGUUGGAUCUUGAUUACAAUUCGACUGGGCUUUGUAAUUAUCUAUUUAAACCAGAGUAGCGAGCGAAACAUGAUUGAUAUACCUGGUUGCAGUGAACGAACAAACUUGAAAUUUGCAGAGCUGUCAAUUCCAAUGGUCUCCUGGUUUUAAGGCAGCUGAAGGUAUAAUGCAAUCAGCAGCGUAGCCAGGAUGACGAUUUAGUCACGCUAUGCAAAUAUUUUCGUGUUCAUUGACUGUGAAAACAAUCAAUUUCUAAAGAAAUGAAUAAUGAUAAUAAUCUUGAAUUUGCAUAGCGGGGCUAAAUUGUCGGGCUGGGUACGCACAGAUUUGUGAACUAGCCAGUCACUAGGUAAACAUUUGGGUUUUUUCCAAUUAAUGAUAUCCUGUAUAAUUCUUGUUUAGUUGUUGUUGAAAUAUGGUGCAAACGUCAAAGCAAUGGACGAUUUCGGUAAAACUCCGUAUCAAAUUGCAAUGGAGCGCAAACAUAAAGAAUCUGCCGAGUGUUUAAGAAAUGCAGGUAUUUAUAAGGAGGUUGUUGGUUAUGUGAACCAGGGCGGAUCUACCAGUGCGGUGCUCACCCCUCCCACCUCCCCCCAAUUUAAGCCUGGUUCACACUGGUCGUAAUGCAUCGGCGAUCUAUUGUAUUCUUUUCCGAAAGACAAAGCAUUUUACACACCAAUGACCACAGACAAUGGAAAUCCCCGAUUCUUACGACCAGUGUGAACCAGGCAUUAAUCCCGCUAUGCAAAUUCUUGUCUUUUGAUCUUAUUUCUGACCCCCCCUUACGCAAUUGAUUAAUCUUUCUCUCACAAUCGGGGUCUUCCUUGACAAAUUGAAGAUUGCUAAAGUUAUUCCGAUUUAUAAAGCAGAAAACCGUGAAAAUGUUUCAAAUUACAGUCCUAUUUCUCUGUUGACCAACUUCCCCAAAAUUUAUGAAAGAGUUAUGUCUAAACGCCUAAUUACUUUUUUUGAACAAUAUGAAAUUCUAUAUUGUUACCAGUUUGGAUUUCGGAAAAACCACUCGUCUUCAAUGGCUUUAAUGCAUUUAGUCAACAAAAUAUCCUCAGCCAUCGUAAAGAAACAACUGUAAGGGUCUUUUUGGACUUAUUUAAAGAGUUUGACACUGUUAGCCAUUUCGAAGUUGAUGAGAGGACUGGGGACGAAUGUUAAGAAAUGACCAAAUUAAGAAAUGAACCAAAUCACUAAAAAGACCAAUCUCGUUCCCAGCUGGGGCUGGUCACAUGGCACGCAGAUUCUGCAUGCUAAAAUAAAAUUUGUCUAUGGGUAGGGUGGUAGAGGAGUGGUUUGUCGUGUUUGGGACAUUGCAACUUAUGUGUUCUAAUAUGUUUAUUAAAAAUUCUAUUUAUCAUGACCGACUUCCUGCUAUAUCAAUGUGAUCAAUUGCAAUAUUGAGUGUUGAGAUACAUUUCAAACAAAAAGCUGAAUCAUAUUUCAAUUGCAAGGAAAGAACACCACACGCUACGUACAGCUUGCGAAGUUCACUUGAGCACGCUUCAUCGUAGAAGCUACUGAUUUUACACACCGACUGAUCGAUCAAACGAACGACGUGGUUGUUAAAUUGAAGUGUAUCCUAUCCGAUAUUCAAAACGAGCGGAUUUUUUUUAUAACGAGAUCCUUUGUUUCCAAAACAUCGCGAACUGUUUGUAAACAAUGCUACUGUAUUUUGACUUAUGAAAGUACAGGAUUAAAACCCGCGUUCUUAUGGACUCUAAAAUUACUUGCAUUGACAUUGCUGAAACUCAACCAACAAGAAUUAUUUCGAAGUAUAGCUAUCUGUUUUCACCAGUGAACUCUAAUCUCUAUUGGUUAUCUCAUGAACGCCAUUCGUUUACGCCAAGACUUGCCAAGACUUCUCCGUGCGUGCUAUACGGUACAACUUGAAUAUUUAAUACGGGAUACAUAUAAGCAUCAGACACAAGUAUUUUAUAGUUAACAAAUAUAAAACAUUUUCCGUGUUGAUAUAGAGUUAUAUCAACACGAGUGGAAUUGGGAAAACGAGAAAUUGUAUGGAAACACGACGCCCGAAGGGCGGGGUGUUUUCAUACAAUUUCGAGUUUUCCCAACUUCCACGAGUGUUGAUAUAACUAUAUAUCAAUACGGAAAAAUGUUUUAUAUUUUUUUUAUAAUAUAGCAAUGUCAGAAGCCCGAAGGAUGAGAAAAUUUCCGUGUUUACGAGCGGCGGAAAAUUUCCCGUGUUGACAUUGAGUUAUAUCAACACGGCUCUCAGCCAAUCAGCGUUCAGAAUUUACAAAUGCUAUAUUAUAAUUAAUUGUAGUUUACAGGUAAAAAUUAUUUUAAUCUGGCCGAUGAGAAAGAUCGUAACUUUAUCUUUUAUGACUAUUACAACCAUAUAUGGAAACCUGGCUUAAAACUGUUGCAUACAACGUGCUUACAACUUGAGUUGUACUGUGUAAUUAGAGAUGUGUUUAGCUUACAUGAUCAGAUUAAAACAUAUCAAAUGCCGUUAUGAGAGAUAGGGCAAGCCAGCCCGGCUACCAAAGCUGGCCUGGUUUCGGUGAAAUCUUGCUUUUGUUAUUAUGUCCUACUACAUUUCAUUUGGCCAUCCUAAGCGAAAUCCCGCCUCGACUGACCCGAGAUCUAGGGUGCCCAGGGGAAUUUUCCAUACAAACACAAUGACCCGGGCUUGGCUAGCAAUGACCCGGGCUUGGCUCGCAAUGACCCGGGCUUGGCUCGCAAUGACCCGGGCUUGCUCUGUUCAAGAAUAUAUUGUUGUACAUGAGAUUUUCUCGUCAGAUUUCGAUCUUAAAAGGUCUCUGUGAACGAUUCUGUGGGUUACACAGUAACCGUGAAAGUUGCUCGCAAACGUGCAAAUUUUAGGUUCAUGAGAAAAUAUAUUUCUAUUAUGUUAUUUAUAGCUGUGAGCCCAGUGGUUUGCUUUGGUGAGCCAGCCCGCCUCAAAAGUCUCAUGUCAACACAGUUUUAGCAAAGCGAGUUACCUCGGCUAACGGUGGGAACCCAGUCUAGCUUCCUCUAUAUAAACAGUCCUGUAGAUGCAAAUGACGAUUAUCUUUAAUCUAUAGAAUUUCACCCUAUACCCUUGCAAUCAAUUGGAAAUAUUCUUGGCUAUCAACCCAACACCUGAGGCAGUGGCGGACACCAGGGGGGGGGCGGGGGGCGGCCGCACCUAGUGUCUAAUAAAAUAAAAAGGGCCAAUUAACAUAGACGAUUUGCACCAAGUGGUUACGUCACGGUUAUAAUACUUAGGGCGGGGCGCUUGGUAGAGGGGGGAACGCUUUAUAAAGGGCCAUUUGAUGGAGGUUAUAUUUCAUUUUAUGUAUUGCUAAAUCUUGUUUUAACUUUGUUUUCUGAAGAGGAUGAAGAGGACAAAGAACUUCUGAACUCUUUCCCAGGUAAAGAUCCUCGAAUCUAUCACAGGUAUCUAGUAAAGCAAAAUAUAAUCGAAUUUCGAUUAUGUUGAUCGGGCAAGGCGAAAUAUUUUCGUGACGACUUAACAUCUACGUUAAGAUGUUAAGUCGUCACGAAAAUACUUCGUGCACUUAAAUUGGGUAAGACUCGCUACCAAUCCCCGUUGAUUCGAUAGCUCAAUGGGUAGAGCGGCGGUCUAGAUACUCGAAGAUGCGAGUUCAAAUCGCGCUCGAGCCAACGAAAUUUUCGUUGCUCGAUGCAGUGUCAGAAUAAUAUGAAACUGGUUUUUCGUAUCUCUGAGGAUGGUUUUGAAAUAGAAUUAUAUAUAAGUCCGGCAUUAUUAAAUUUUACCGUUGUCGUGCUAAGGACACUCGACCAUAUUUUAAAUCUACGGUUGAUACUUUUUUCCGGUGGUUUAAUACAUUUCUUGACUUCAAAAUAUACGUGUCGGGCAUUGAUGUUUUCCGUAAAAACCCAAUCAGCAGUCGAAAAAUAUUUACGUUUUAGCUUCUUUAUGAGUGAUUUUCUUCUAGUAGCAGGAAAGCCUUUCCAGGGCAUGUAGGAGUAAUUUUCGAAAUUUAUUUGUUGAUUAAAGUGGUAUUGGUGCAUAUUUUUGGAGGCCCGAUGAAAAACUGCUUUAAUCUGUGCAGCUAACGUCCCCAGGGUUCGAAACUCGUAUAGUGUAAAUUGCCUGUAAAUUUGGCUUGCACAAAACAACCUGAUGAUAUCAUGUACCCAAACUUUAGUUCAGGCUACCCUAUCUUGGCAAGAUUUAGAACAGAACUCCACGCGAAAUUUAUAAUUACAUUAAUAAAAUAAAGUAAAAGGGGCCAAUUAACAACAGAUGACUUGCACCAAGAGGUCACGUGACCUUAAUCCUCUUAAAAUAGUAGGUAUGGAACUAUAAAUCUAUAAUGAAGAUACAGAGUUAUGUUUUAAGCAAAAAUUCGAAAAUCUUGUUUUAAAAAUUUCAAAAAACUACCUUACACGUUUAGGGCAUGGCAAUUGGUAGAGGGGGAACGCUUUAUAGAGGGCCAUUUGAUGGAGGUUAUAUUUCUAUUGAGUAUAGAUGUUCUCUGGUUAAAAUAUUUAUUUUUUACAAGCUUUCGACUGUCAGUCUACAGUCUUCAACGGGUAGAUUAUAAUGAAAGUGAUGCGAGGUUUGCAAUUACAUAUACGGUAUACACAAUGACAUAAAUGACAGCUAUACAAGAUUAUAGUGGCUAUGUUACACGCGAAUGAUUAGUAUACCGUAUAUGUAAUUGUAAACCUCGCAUCACUUUCAUUAUAAUCUACCCGUUGAAGACUGUAGACUGACAGUCGAUAGCUUGUAAAAAAUAAAUAUUUUAACCAGAGAACGUCUGUACUCAAUAUGAAUAAUCCUGGUUUCGCAUCAAACAUAUUUAAAGGUUAUAUUUCAUUUUACGUAGUGCUAAAUCUUGUUUUAACUUUAUUUUGUCAAGAUCGUGAAGAGGAAGAAUAUAGGCGUGCAUAUUCGCAAGCUCUCCAAGAAGGUAAAGCAAAAAAUUAUCGAAUUCCGAUUAUGCUGGUCGGCCAAGACCGAGGCGGAAAGACGUCGCUGAUGAGACGUCUUUUAGGAUUACCAUUCGACAAAAAUCAACCCAGUACCACUGGUAUUGACGUUAAUGUUAUCGAGCUAACAGAACAAAAUGCAGAAGAUCCCUGGAAAAAGAGAGAAGUAAAAGAGUUUAUGACCAAUGAAGGUGAGGCAAAGUCUGUAAUAUACAAGAAAACGGCCGAGUACUUUGAUAGAGGAGUUCAGAGGAAUUUAGAAGGGGAUGCGCCAGAGCCACUGAAGCCAGUGAUGCCAGUGAAGCCAUUGCCAGUGAAGCCAUUGCCAGUGAAGCCAUUGGCAAUGAAGCCAUUAUUAAGAGAAGAAAUAUCCAAAAUCAAAUCGCACAGGUACACUGAACACGACCAGAAAAAACUUCUUCGGGUAUUUGUAAGUGACUUUGCUGGACAGUCAAUCUAUUACGAUACCCAUGGCUGCUUUGUGAAACCGCAUUGUCCUUAUGUUUUGGUUCACGACCUUUCUCUGGAGUUUGAUAAACCCGCUGUUCCCAAGUUUAAAGACAGAGCUGAAAAGAAAGAGAUAGAGAUGAACAAUCCUCAUCUUAAUACCAAUUUAGAUAAUUUUACAUCAUGGUUGAAGUUUCUGCAAGGUUUGGGAGAAUACCAAGAUCAACAGUUCCCUGAUGAAACUGGUCACUGUACUACUGCAGAGGGUCGUAAUUUCAAACGUCCACCGGUAUUAAUAGCCUUAACUCACAGUGAUAAGGCGAAAGGCAACGACCCCAAAAUACUUAGCGUAAAGAAGAGAAUGGAAAAUGUCGUGUCUGCAAGUGACUAUAAGAAUGUCAUUCUUGGGGUUUUCCUGAUCGACAAUACAUUGGAAGGCGACGGCGGAGACGACGUGCGAAAGCUUCGUAGAGAGCUUUUUGACUACUCGAAUGCAGUCCUUAACCACGAGAUUUUAAUGCCUGUGAAGUGGCUAAAUUUUGAAGUUGCUCUAAGCCAGAAGCUAUCACCAGAUUGCAAGUAUAUCCCAGUUAACGAAGCUAAGCGGAAAGCGGAGGCCUGUGGCGUUCGGGAGUUUGAUCAAGCUAUCAAAUUUCUACACCGUCAAGGUGUGGUCGUACACCACAGUGGAUCCAGCAAGGUUGUAUUGGAUCCUCACUGGUUAAUGAAUCGCUUUACGCAAGUGAUCUCCAUGCCUGGGCAAUUGGAUGCCUUGUCCAGGCACGCUCUUGAUGUGUUCGAGCAGAAAGGCAUUUUGUUUCGAGAAUAUCUUCAGACGCUGGAAGACAAAGAACUUUUAGAAGAGCUUAUGCAAAAGUUUAAUUUGAUUUGUCCUUGCCAGCACGAGGGAAAGGCAGCUUUUUAUGUCCCUUCAGUUGCCCCAGCUAUGAAACCAGGAAAAGAGUUGGAAGCUAGCCAUGUUCCAUCGCUGUUUGUGACAUUUCCUCGCAAACUUGUGCCGAUGGGCAUGUUUACGAAGCUUCAAGUGAGGUUAAUUUCUGAGUGUGAAAAGCGCUUUCCCCAUCAAGAAGCAACGCCUUCAUUCUACUGCAACUACUCCUCGCUUCUGUUUAUUAUAGACGGCGACGUGUAUGAUGUUCAUUUAAUCGACCUCCACGAGUUCAUUAAGAUUGCCGUUUUUCCAAAACAGGAUGGCAACCAUUUCAAGUUUGCCAGUCAUCUCCUAGCCACUCUGCAAAAGUGCUUGGACGAUCUUAAAUCUCCAGAUCAACUAUUAUUCAGCAUGACCAGCUAUGACUUCGAAGUGAAAUGUACCUGCUGCUUUGGUAAAGAAGAAGGAGAAUGUUCUCGUCAUCAUAAAGUCCAGUGUCAUUCAGACCGCUGUGGGCACCGCCACUUUUGGAAGCUUAGUGACCUUCGGGGAUUAUACAACGAUCCAUCCUUUGUAGUUUGCCGGUCGAACAACUCGUCCACGAAGUUUGAGAUAAAGAGUGUAAAAAUUUGGCUCAAUACUGGUAAGUGGCUAAUGCUAAAGGUGUUUUUACUUUGCUGGUUUUCAAGUGGUUAGUUGACAAUUCUUAAAUCAUAUUUAACAAUUAGAUAAGUUGUCUAAUUAUUAAAUAUAAGUUGUAUAAUUUAUUUUAGUAUGAUGGUAAUAUCUCCUUUGUUAAUCAGGCUCAGUUGCUGCAAUC